AUGCUUGGCGUGUGUUUCUGCCUCCUCAGCAUCCAGGCUUUCGAGCUCAGCCAUGAUGUCUUCAUCCUGGAUGAAUCCAGGAGUCGUGAGUUCGUAGCCACCAACUGCGGAGUAAACAUGCUCCUUAACCAUGUAGAACUCAAUGUCCUCCGCGUACUCUUCAUGGCGCGCAUGGACCUUGGCCUGGUUCAACAUCUGCUGGAAGCGCCUCUCCUUAUCCUUAAGCCUCUCAUCCGCGACCAACUCGAGGAACGAUUUCGGCCAUCUGUAUCCAGUGAGGGACACAUCCUGCAGGAAGUCAUCGUAUGUGAUGACUGGCGCGUCAUCAUCACUAGACGCAAGCACCCUCUCAAGCGCAGUCUGCUUGCCGUGGAGGGUAAUGUACAACUUGAACUGGCCCAGACGAGGGUCACGCUGCGUGUCGAUCAUAACAUCGAAGUCACGGAAUUUAUCGUCAGUGCAGCGAAUAGCGACAUUUUCAACCGAGAAGUAACGGUUAAGGUAGGACUUCUCGGAACGAACAGGUUGGAACCACUUUCCACUCCUUCUCCAUGCCUUAAUUUGGUCACUUGCGUAAAUGAUUACAAGGUUGUAUCCCCCAUCACCAAAGGCAAAAACCCUGUAUACGCGUCCACCGUAAGGGGCGGUGUACAACACCUGGGUCCCCUUGCGCUUACCGUCCCUUACAGUGUUAACUACGGACGUAAUAUCCUCACCCCUCUUAGCCAAGUACACAUUUUUGAGGUAACGAUUACUAUCAUAAACAAGAUGCGUAAUGCCACGCGGCUGUUCGUGCCUGUUAAUAUCCACCGUCAACGGCUUGUUACCCGCGACGAGGGUGACGUAGGCAAGCAGCGCCGCCGCGAACGAAGCAAAACCGAACUUCAUUUUCGAUAUAUAUAUGUACCGACGGAGGCCUGCUUAGAAGCGGAAUCCAGCGGAAUGACCGCAGCCGAGAUGGCCGCGCAUGGCAUGGGGUCGAUACUGGGCAUGUGA